AUGCGAAUACUAUCUUGGAACAUCAAUGGAGUCAGAACCUUGCCUCAGUACCACCCAUGGAACUCGUUCAAGUUGUUUCAAGGCAUCCUAGAACACCUCAAGGCCGACAUCAUAUGCUUCCAAGAAAUGAAAACUUCGCGGACAGCUCUCGUCAAGGAUGUCGCCGUGCCAGACCACUUUGACUCAUUCUUCUCCUUUCCAGCAAGCAAAGGGGGCUACAGUGGUGUCGCAGUCUACACUGACACACGUACUGUUACCGCACUCAAAGCCGAAGAGGGCCUCUCAGGAACUCUCCAGCCUAAGCCGCCAUUUCAGACUGAGGAGCGCAUUUCGCGCUCAUACCCCUAUGCCCACGAGAUGGAUCUCAUGUCCAGUGUAGAGGGCGAAAGCGAUGCCCCAUCAGACCUCUCCGUGUUGGAUGAGGAAGGUCGUGGCCUUGUAAUCGACCUUGGUCUCUUCGUGCUCAUCAACGUCUACUGUCCAAACGAGACCUCAGAUACGCGUCUUCCAUACAAGAUGAACUACCACUUCAUGCUCCAGGAGCGCGUCCGAAAACUCGUCGCCGAAGGGCGCCAGGUCAUGGUCGUAGGUGACAUCAACGUCUGUGCGGCUCCCAUUGACCAUUGCGACGGUCACCUCCCAAGCAACGUCGAGACAUUCUACGACCACCCCGCUCGUGCGUGGUUUCAGAACUGGCGUCAUCCCCAGGGCGAGAUGAUCGACGUUCUCCGUCAGUUCUGGCCUGAGCGGAAAGGAAUGUACACGUGCUGGAACACUAAGAUUUCUGCGCGGGAUACCAACUAUGGAACACGCAUCGAUUAUGUUCUCGUCACGCCCGGCCUUAUGCCCUGGAUUAGGCACGGCGACAUACAAGCUUCCGUUAAAGGCUCUGAUCACUGUCCUAUCUACGUCGACCUUCGCGACGAGAUAACGACCGAGUCGGGAAAGAUCAUCUAUCUCAAAGACGUCAUGCCUGUUGAUGGCAAUGCCCAGCGGGUCCCUCCUCGGAUCGCCGCCAAGAGAUGGGAUGAGUUCUCAGGCAAACAGCAGCUUCUUUCAACUUUCUUUGGCAAGAAGGGCAAAGCACCAGCCACGCCCCAGGCGGACUCCUCGCAGCCCGCAGCUAAGGAGGUUCCGCCGGCGACUAAGACGCGUCAGUCAUCUGGAACGCGUACAGCGUCCCAGUCCGCUACCGAUACCAUCGAGCAUCCGUCCUCCAUCCCUGAAUCAAUAGACGUAGAUGUCGGGUCAUUGAAACCCUCUCCUUCACCGACGCCUCAGCCCUCAAGCACGCCAAACAAUCCUUCCUCUCAGUCCUCCUCGUCGACCGCAGGCCAGAAACGCAAGCUCCCUCGUGCCCAAUCAGCAGCGUCGAAGCCCGCUAAGAAGCCUAAACCAGGCCAAUCCUCGAUCGCCUCGUUCUUCGCCCAGCCGCUGGCACCAUCAUUCAGUCCACCUAAUACCACGUCAAUCGCCUCCCGAUCUCAGGACACUGAUCGCAAUCCCGAUCGCGGUCCUGUCACUCUCCCGAUCUCUGCGGCCGACCCCGAUCUUGACGCAGACUACCAGCUCGCGCUGAAGCUCUCGCAAGAGCUAGAAGCCGAACCUGUACCGCCAGCCGCAACCAGCACGAAGGAAUCAUCCAAGGCAUGGUCGAACCUAAUGGCGCCUGUUGCUGCUCCAAACUGCACAGUGCAUGACGAGCCCACGAAGCUCUACACGGUAAACAAGCAAGGCCCGAACAAGGGCAAGACGUUCUACCUGUGCUCUCGGCCGGUUGGACCGGGGUACGAUAGAGGGCGCAGCGAGCGCCUCCGCGAAGAAGUCAACCACGAAUACCGCUGCAACUACUUCAAGUGGGCGAGCGACGUGAAGCGCGAGAGCCUCUCUAGAGCCACCGACUCCUCGUCAAGCUGAAUCGGAUUGGACAGUGUACAUAUGUCAACAGCCUUCGCCAUCUCUGGAACCGACCUUACGUCUCCCCGCAUGAAUCUCUGCCGUUGUGAACUAGAACGGAGCCGUCAGGACGCUCAUAGGGGGCUAGCGGUGCUCAUAUUCGUCUAUGAACGCCGUAGGACAGGUGUAGCCCUGCACAGGGACCGAUUGGGCUAACGUCGCUUGCGCCUCUGAUUAUUGAUUAUUUCAUUCAUUAUGUCUCAGCUGUCUCCUUCAGCACUCCCCCUCUCGCUUACCCGUCCGCCGAUCUACAUACCCGUUCGCUCAUGGCUGCACAUCAUGCCAGCCGGUGACGCACGAAACUUGCAGGCCGUCGCGUUUUAGGGUUUUACGUCCAUCAACAGCGAGGCUUGGAGUAUCAGGGAACGCAAGGAGGAUGUACAUAUGUGAAGUUGAGAUCUGUCGAAAUAUCUUCGCCACCAUCGGGGCGAAUGUCCGGGCGUAGGCGACACACCCAUGGCCACUUCCUUACGCCCUAAUAUGAAUUGUAUUUAGUCUCGCUUUACAGUAGAGCCACCUUGUACAUACAACACGCGUUUCGAGUUAACAUGUCUUUUUCCG